CCCCGCAGUGCCCCGCACUCGCUCGCGCGUAUACUGUGCCCGUUUCGUCAGUGUCAUUCAUAAUAAUUAAUAACAUAGUAUAUUAUUAUUAUGACAGAGUGCCUUGAAAUUGAGCCGGAAAAGUUGAUAGAGGAGGUAAAAAAACGGCCAGGUCUCUGGGACCCGUACCACAAGGAAUACAGAAUAAGACCAAAGAGAGCCAAACUAUGGAACGAGAUUCUGGAUGACAUCAUAGGUGACGCGGAGCUAUCCAAGGGCGGCAGACGAGGACUAGAAAUACAAAUACAGAAGAGAUGGAGGUGUUACAGAGACACGUUCAUAAGAUACGUCACCCGACCAAAAAAAUAUAAACAACCGUACACGCAUCAAGAGCGUCUUCAAUUCCUUAUGAAAUGUGUCGAAUACAAUAAAAGUUUAAAAAAAGCAAACGGCGAUGAAACAGCUACGAGUGAUUCUGACGAGGAAAAAAGGCUCAAAAUAGGCUGGAAAAGUAAAAAGAUAAAACUGUCGAGGGAUACACAACUCGAUAACUCGGAUACUUACAACGGUGACGAAUUCGAUACACCUAGUAAUAACGUAGAGACGUUCGAAGAAGAGCCCCAAGUGACAACCGACAACGAGCCGUACGGAGAAGAGUCCUUCGUGUUUGCCAAUGUUGAUUCGCAGCCGCCGAUGAGAUACGAACCCGACGACCCGGACAAGAUGUUCCUUCUAUCGCUGUUGCCACAUUUGAAGACUAUUCCAGACCGUCACCGCUUGAACGUCAAAAUUGGCAUGAUGCAAGUUUUGAGGAAUCCUCAAUACAAUAGUUAGUUUGGACUAGACCGUACUCGGAGAAUCUUCAUGCCAACUGACACCGGCCCAAAACCGGUCAUGCCUUGUACUAUCAGAGAAGUUGAUUCAUAGGCAGAUGGCGGACUUACGUAUUUUGGUGGAGUUAUGUCAAACGAAG